AUGUCCUGCCAGCAGAGCCAGCAGCAGUGCCAGCCCCCUCCCAAGUGUUGUCCCCCUAAGUGUCCUCCUGUGUCUUCCUGCUGCAGUCUGGGUUCUGGGGGCUGCUGUGGUUCCAGUUCUGGGGGCUGCUGUGGUUCAAGCUCCGGAGGCUGCUGCAGCUCUGGCGGUGGUGGCUGCUGCCUGAGCCACCACAGGCCCCGCAGAUCUCUCCGUCGCCAUCGUCAGAGCUCUGGAUGCUGUAGCAGUGGUGGCAGCAGUGGCUGCUGUGGCAGCAGUGGUGGCAGCAGUGGCUGCUGUGGCAGUGGUGGCAGCAGUGGAUGCUGUGGUAGCUGUGGCGGCAGCUGUGGCAGUAGCCAGCACUCUGGAUGCUGUGGCAGUGGUGGUAGCAGUGGCUGCUGUGGCAGCAGUAGUGGCAACAGUGGCUGCUGUGGCACCAGCGGUGGCAGCAGCUGUGGCAGUAGCCAACAGUCCGGUGGCUGUUGCUAA